AUGAAUGUAACGACGGAGGAGUGUGGGGUGACCGGCGCGGCACGAGAGGGAACGACGGACAUGGAAGCGAGGCAGUCGAGCCCCGCGAGACGGAACUGGCUGUAUCGAUUGUGGAAUGGGUUCCUGAGCGGCGUGGUGGGAGGGCAGCUGCCGGAACCGGACCCGCUCAUCAUCAAUGGGUCGCCGGCCACCAUCACGGAGGCGCCGUUCAUGGCGCAUCUGUUCAUGGAGUACUCGACGUGGGGGAAGGCGAUGACGGAGAACUGCAGCGGUUCCAUCAUCAGUCAUCGGUGGAUUCUCACUGCCGCUCACUGUCUCCAUCAGGGACAAAAGAGCGCCCUCGUGGACCGAGUGACCGUGAGGGUGGGGAGCGCGGACCGGGGGACCGGGACGGCCAUCGCCGCCGACGCCUUCCGGGUCCACCCGGACUUCAACCCGAAGAAUCUGAACUCGGGGAACGACAUCGCCCUGGUCCACCUGAACGCCGACCUGACCUUCGGGCCGAGCAUCCAGCCGCUCUGCUACCCGACGUCGGACGACGUGGGGGCGGCGACGGCCCCCUGCGACCAGAAGGUCUACGGCUGGGGGAUCCUGUCCGACAAGAACAAGGUCACCCCGAGGAACCUGCAGAAGCUGGACGUGAGCGUGUCCGCGAAGGCCGCCUCGGACUGCAGCGGCGUCGACGGCAAGAUCGUCUGCGUGACGGGGAAGACCCCGGGGAGCGGGCCCUGUCGGGGUUUCUCGGUGUUUCGAAGGAGUGGCCAAUGCUUUCGAACCGUUUUCCACGGUAACGCUGCCUCAAAAGCGGAUGGCAACCGUUUGAACUUCCCGAAACGGCACGAGGGAUGA